AGUGUACUCACGCUCCAGUCAUUCAGUCUCCUGAGGACCCACUCCACCAGACCAACACCAUGAAAUUCGCCGCUCUUGCUCUUGCCCUUCUGCUGGCUGUCGGCUCCCAUGCCGCUGCCAUGCAAUCCGAUGCACCCAGCCAGCUGGCCCACAUCCGGUCGGCUGUCGGUAUGUACCUGGAUCAGGUGAAGGACAGUGCCGCUCGCUCCCUGGACCAUCUCGAUGGAACAGAGUAUGCGUCAUACAAGGCCCAGCUGGCUACCAGCCUGGACAGCCUGCAGGCUAGCAUCAAGACCGCCCAGGCCGGCGCCGAGCCCUACACCGACGCCGCCGUCGCCCAGGUCAUGGAAGCCACCACUGAAGUCCGUGCCUCCAUCAUGGCAGACAUCGAGGCCCUGCGCACCGACCUGGCCCCCAAGCGUGAAGCGCUGAAGAAGGUUGUGGACGCCCACAUCGAGGAGUACCGCACCCUGCUGGAGCCCGUCCUCGUCGACUUAUCUGCGUACCAGAAGUCCCAGGUGGACGCCAUCAAGCUCAAGCUGGACCCCGUGAUGGACGAGCUGACCGCCAAGGUGUCCAAGAACGUGGAGGAGACCAAGACCGCCCUCAUGCCCCUCGUGGAGUCUGUGCGCAGCAAGCUGACCGAGCGCCUGGAGGGCCUCAAGACCAUGGCCUCCCCCUACGUGGAGGAGUACAAAGAGCAGCUGACCAAGGCCUUCACCGACGCACAGGCCGCCGCCGGCACCCUGGACAUCGAGGGCAUCAAGAAGCAGGUGUCCCCCCAUGUGGAGAGCCUGAAGGCCAAGGCAGACCCCCUGAUCGAGGACGCCAAGGCCAAGCUCACCCUGCUCUACGAGGCCCUCUCCGCCGCCAUGACCAAGGCCUAGACACGCUCCACAACCACCUGCUUCCUGCCGACUAAUCUCUCCUUCUUUGUCCCCCUAUGCAUCAUUCCUUCAUUUUCUCCCCCUACCCCCUUCUUCUCUCAGACCCCCACACAUACACACACACACACACACACACACACACACACACACACACACACACACACACACACACACACACACACACACACACACACACACACACACACACACACACCGCUACUUCUUUGUGUGAAGCCAAAUUGAUGCACUUUCUCUGCAACAGAAUGGUGGGACUCAAUAGCUUUCGAUCUCACACACACUCACACACACACACACACACACACACAAACACACACACACACGCACACACACACACACACCUCAC